CAGUUUUGAGAUGAUAAAAAGGAAUUUAAAAAAUGUAUUUGAUAAUCGUAAAAAAUGAGGAAUUUUUUGAACCUUCGCUGUGCGGGACGUGUAAUCACUUCUUCAUGUUGUUUACACUUGGUUACAGUUUGACAGUGCAAGCCGGCAGUUGAAUGUAAACAAAUCCAUCGCAAACAGAACAAGUGAACGUUCACAGUCGCAAUUGUAUUGAAUUUAAGGCAGUUUUAACAAUGGCAAACGAUAAGCGCACCGUGUAUGUGGGAGGUCUUUCGGAGGAAGUGACGGAAAAGCUCAUUACCGACGCAUUCAUUCCGUUCGGCGAUCUGGUAGACAUACAGAUGCCUAUCGAUUACGAGUCACAGAAGCAUCGUGGAUUCGCUUUUAUUGAGUUCGAAAACGCAGAAGAUGCGGCUGCUGCCGUGGACAAUAUGAACGAUUCGGAACUCUGCGGACGUACGAUACGUGUUAAUACGGCCAAACCGCAGCGUAUCAAGGAGGGAAGCAACAGACCAGUAUGGGCGGACGAUAACUGGCUGCAGAAACAUGCGGGAGCAACGCUGAAGAACAAUGGUGACAACAACGGUGAUGAACAGAUGGACACCGAUACGGGCGAAGUGCAACCCACCGAACCGAAGGCAGCGGAAGAAAAGAAACGUAAUCCGCAAGUUUACUUCGACAUUCGGAUAGGGAACAACGAUGUGGGACGCAUCAUUAUGGUGUUGCGCGCGGACGUGGUACCGAAAACGGCGGAAAACUUCCGUGCACUCUGUACCGGCGAGCAAGGUUUUGGGUACAAGGGAUCUAUUUUUCAUCGCAUCAUACCGGAGUUUAUGUGCCAGGGAGGUGAUUUUACUGCAAACAAUGGAUCGGGAGGCAAAUCAAUCUACGGGAAAAAAUUUGCCGAUGAAAACUUCACCCUUAAGCAUACCGGUUUCGGUGUGCUUUCGAUGGCAAACUCCGGGCCAAACACGAACGGUUCACAGUUUUUUAUCUGCACAGAAAAAACCGACUGGCUGGAUGGAAAACAUGUUGUGUUUGGCAAUGUUAUAAGCGGUGCAGAUGUGGUACGAAAGAUGGAACGGUGUGGAUCGAAGGGUGGAAGAGUGCAACAGAAGGUAACAAUUGUCGCUUGUGGUGAGGUAAAGGGAUAGUUUAAGUAGCACGUUUCGUACAAUAAACGUACCAUUACUGAUGAA